AGGAGGGGCGGUCUCCAAGGCAACCGGAUUCAACAGUUCCAGCCCCGCAGGUGUGCGGAGGCCUCCGGGCGCCCACCCGACGGCAUGUGCGCGGCGGAGGUGGACCACCACGUAGCCCAGCGAUACCUGCUCAAGCGGCGGCUGGGAAAGGGGGCCUAUGGCAUCGUGUGGAAGGCAGUGGAUAGGAGGACUGGUGAGGUUGUGGCCAUCAAGAAAAUCUUUGAUGCCUUUAGAGAUAAAACGGAUGCCCAGAGAACGUUCCGGGAAAUCACACUGCUCCAGGAACUUGGGGACCAUCCCAACAUCAUCCGCCUCCUGGAUGUGAUCCGGGCGGAGAACGACAGGGACAUUUACCUCGUGUUUGAGUCUAUGGACACGGACCUGAAUGCUGUCAUCUGUAAAGGCAGGCUGCUGAAGGACACCCACAAACGCUACAUCAUCUACCAGCUCCUGCGGGCCACCAAGUUCAUCCACUCGGGACAUGUCAUCCACCGGGACCAGAAGCCGUCCAACAUUCUCCUGGACUCCAGCUGCUCAGUGAAGCUCUGUGACUUUGGUCUCGCCCGCUCCCUCGGUGGCCUUCCUGAGGGGCCUGAGGGCCAGGCCCUGACAGAUUACGUGGCCACGCGCUGGUACCGGGCUCCCGAGGUGCUGCUGUCCUCCAGCUGGUACACCCCCGGGGUGGACAUGUGGAGUCUGGGCUGCAUCCUGGGGGAGAUGCUUCGGGGAAGGCCCCUGUUCCCAGGCACGUCCACGCUGCACCAGCUGGAGCUCAUCCUGGAGACCAUCCCACCGCCGUCCAAGGAGGACCUCCUGGCUCUUGGCUCAAGCUACAGUGCCUCGAUCCUGCCCUGCCUACGGGCCUGGGGCCUCCUGGUAUUUGCCCCCGACAAGCGGCUCAGCGCAGCCCAGGCACUGCAGCACCCCUACGUGCAGAGGUUCCACUGCCCGGCCCGUGAGUGGACCCUGGAUUCAGCUGUGCGGCUCCCGGUGCUCGAAGGAGUUCAGCUCUCAGCCCCCGAGUAUCGCAGCCGCGUCUAUCAGAUGAUCCUGGAGCGCAGGGCCAACAGCCGGGUCCCCAGAGAGAAGGGCGUGGGGGGCACACCCCCGGGCGCAGAAGCCGGCGCCCCCCCGCCCCAGGCGCACCUGCUCAGACCCAGCGCCGCCCCUCCGCCGACUCCGGGCUCGCCCACGCGGAACCCCGGACGCAGACCUCAGAGCGGCCGGGCUCAGCGGCCCGCGCCGGACGUCGCCCGCGGAGCCAAGAACCUUCCGCGGCAGAACUCGGCCCCCCUGCUCCAGCCUCCGCCCCCACGAGGUCUCGGGAGAGGCGAGAGGCCCCCUGCAGCGACGCCGGAGGCCCCCUCGGCACCCUCGUGGGUGAAGCCCAGUGGCAAGGGGGCGGCACCCUCCCUCGCCAGGCAGGCCGCCGCCCAAGUGGCCAUCCAGGCCCUAGUCCGGAGCGACUGGAACCCGGGCCGAGAGCUGCGCGCGAGCGGCGCGCGACGGGUGAGCUCCCGGGACGUCCUUCCCGCCCCCUGGGCCGCUGGGGUCGCCAGAGUCGGGGCCCUCCCCUCCCUCUGGUCCCGCCCCUCACGCCGCCCCUGGACCGUGUGCAGGUCCCUCGCGGGCUUCCCGACGGCCGGCCGGAGCCCCGGCCCGGCCGGAGGAUGUUCAGCGCCUCGGCCUCGCAGGGGGUCCAGGGCGCCGCAAGGGCUGCGCUCGGGGGCUACUCUCAAGCGUACGGUACCGUCUGCCGCUCGGCACUGGGCCGCCUGCCGCUGCUCCCGGGUCCCCGCUCCUAAGCUGCCCCACCGGCCUUCAGCCGGGCUCUUCUGCUCAGCCCGUGCCCCUUGCCCAGUCCCCUGCCCCUCUCCCAGCCCCAGAUUUACCCCCGAGUCCCCCAUGCUCUCCAACCCCCUUUUACCGGCCUGCGUUUUUGCCUGGCCACAUUCUCAAGAUCCAGGGGGCUUGUCCAGGCCUCCCCCGCGGGGUGGGUGAGGUUCCCACCCAUGCCCAAUCACUUCCUCCAAUAAAUUCGUGUCCGU